UCCUCUCGCGCACGCAGAACAUGUCCGAUGCAAACAUGGAGGAGAAAGUUGAACAAGCUACAAGUAGUAAAACUAUAUCUCUGCCUAUAUCGAGGGUGCGAUUAAUCAUGAAAAGUUCUCCUGAUGUGUCCUGUAUUAACCAGGACGCUCUUUUCCUGACAACAAAAGCAACGGAGCUUUUUGUCCAACACUUAGCUCUGUCUUCGUUUAAAAAUGGUUCGGGUAAAGAGACAAACACACUCUCGUACAGCGAUCUGGCUAACGUAGCAGAGGAGACGGAAACGUUUCAGUUUUUAACCGACAUCCUUCCAAAGAAAAUCUUGGCCAGAGAGUAUCUGAAGUCACUAGAAGAAAUGAAAAAAGAAGAUGGGAACCUGUAGUGAUGUUUCCACAAGUCAAAGGAAAUUCAUGUGAACUGGGUCUCACCACUUCCAUAAUACUUUUACAAAAGCAAUGGAUUAAACCUUAGGAUUUCAUUGUUUUAUGAAUUAGGACACAUUACCCAAAGACUUUUCUCACCUCGGAGUUUUAAUCCUACCAUAGUCAAUCUGUUACACUAAUGUUGUCUUGACCAAAAUGUAUAGUAGCCUCUGAAGAUUUACAAUCAAAGCACUCAGAAAAUACGCCAUACUAUGAUUUUUUGCAUGGUUAGGGAAGGGUCUUCAUCCAGCUGCAACAAUCCAUGCAUCCAUACAUUCAGCAUGUGUUGUUCAACCUUGUUCAUGUUCCUUCAAUUUAUAAAUGUAGCUUUGCUCAGGGUUUUCAUGGGCAUUAUAAUUUUGGCAUUUUAACCACUUACCUGCUGAAGUGAAAUAUAAAGUUGAUUUACGCACCGUAGAAUUUCAAUAAUAAAUCAGUAGUUCAUAUAUGAAGUUAGGUUUUGUCCCUUUAAAUCUGCAUUUAUUAAGAGCCCAUAAUAUGUAAACAUACAUGAGGUGCUAUUCUUCAGCUUGGUCAGGUGAAACUCAUCAUGACUGUUUUGUAUUUUUGAUGACACGUUUGUAUCUGAGAGCUUGAAGAUUUAUAUAGUGUUCUGUAUUGUAGUUAAAUGCUUGAACCGCUUUGUAUUUGAAUAAAUGCAUUUGCUUAUUGUUUGUA